AUGUCAACUGAAAUUGCAAGUGAAGGACAUGCCUCACGUCUUACUCAAGUUAACUACGAAGAACCUACUCAACCGCCAAGUUUUGUUUCUAAAGCACAUGGGCUAGUUGAACGUAAUGAAUCAGCGGAUGGAGAUGAGGAUGAGAAUGCCAAUGAUAUUGAGGAGGGAGUGGAUCAAGAUGUUCCUCUUUAUUCAGCGUUCAAAGAUAAUGACGUGGAUGUGUUCGAUGAAUCUGACUUGGAGGACCGACUGGACGAGAAGCCGCCAUUGACAACUACCACUACACCUUCUAUUCCCCCUACACAUGCUCGACGUAAACGCCAGAGUUGUCAAACAGGGGGUGAAAGACGAGCAUCCUCAAGAAACUUAAGUAGGCUUGAUCCACAGGCUUCUGACUAG